UUUUCAGUCUCUCCCUGUAGAUUCCUCAGUGAAGACCUUCACACCCGCAGGGCUGAGCCGAACCUCUGGUUUUCAGAACUCACCGAGCGGAUCUGGUUCCUAAAUCAGAUUUGAACACUUUUUAAAUUCCCGGCGUUGGUUCUGUUUGGAUUCCGUUUUUUUCCCGCAUCGUUUACCGUCUCGACUCCUUCCUCUGCAGCUGGGUGUGUUUGGGACAGCUGAACCAGAGUUCGGCUGCUGUACCGCGGUGGUUCUGAGGAAUGAACCCAUCUGGACUCCGCCUGGACCGACACCAUGGAUUAUAAAGAGCUGGGGGUCCGUUUGGAGGAGAAGCUGACCCUGACAGAGAAGACUCUGCCUCUGCCGUCAGAAUCUCCAUCCCUCCAGAACGGUGACAAGAAGCCAGGGAAUGAACUUCUGACACCGGAUGACUCGGCUGUCUCGGAUCUCUCUCCUAAAACAGACUCCAAAUCAGAGACCCUCACCAAGACAGAUGCCUCCUUAAAGACCGAAGCCAGACCGUCGACCCCUGGCUCCAGCAGCAGCAGUCCCCAACCCAAGAAAGACUCGAUGAGCUCAGAGCAGCGACAGAAACUCGCGAAGGAACGCAGAGAGGAGCGUGCUCGUUAUAUCGAACAACAAACUCAGCUGCAAGCCGUGAAGAAGGCCCAGUGGCUGGAGAAGGAGGAGAAGGCCCGGCAGCUGAGGGAGAGCCAGCUGGAGGACCGCAGGAGGAAACUGGAGGAGCAGAGGCUGAAGGCGGAGAAACGCAGAGCGAUUCUGGAAGAGAAGCAGAGACAGAAACUGGAGAAGAACAAGGAACGAUACGAAGCGGCCAUCAAGAGGUCAACGAAGAAGACGUGGGCUGAGAUCCGCCAGCAGAGGUGGUCCUGGGCUGGCGGACUCAACCAGACUUCCCGCAGAGAAAGCAGAUGCUCGGCCUCCACGGUCAACUUGCCCAGACAGGUGGACCCUGUCAUUAACAACAGGCUGUCCAAGUCCUCUGCUACGCUCUGGAACUCCCCCAACAGAACCCGCAGCUUGCGCCUCAGCCCAUGGGAGAGCCGCAUCGUAGAGCGGCUCAUGACGCCGACGCUGUCCUUCCUCGCCCGAAGCCGCAGUGCCGCCACGCUCCUGAACAGCAGCGACUCCCACUCUCACCGUUGCUCCCGUUCAGCCUCGGCCAGCCCCUUCAACACCUGCUCGCAUCAGCACAAGAGCACAGCCGAGCGCUGGAGAGUUUCCUCUGCCAGCACGCCAGACAUCACGCAGAGGCAGCGCCGACGCAACUCCACACCGAUGGACAAGAAGAAGAAGGAGAAAAAGGACAAGGAGAGAGAGAACGAGAAAGAGAAAAAUGCUCUCACCAAAGAGAGAGUGCAGAAGAAGAGACAGACGACAUCAUCACCGAACGCCACCAUCUCCAGAUCCAGACCUCAGGGCAGUGCUCCGAGGCCCAGGAACAGACCUCCUUCACCUGCUCCCAAAUGCCGGCCACUGUCCCCUCUGGUGCCAGCACCAACCUCCAAGACCCCCACAGGCAAAAAGACAGCUCCACCUUCAGCUGUCACCAAGAGCCGACCCAAACGGGCCCAGACACCUGCCAGAGUGCAGGCCCAGACCAUCUCUGCAGUAACCGUGGAAACCAGAGAUGAGACGCAGCAGGCCGAUGUUUCAGAGGAGAAAAAGACCUGCAGCAACGUUCCUGCCAUAGUGGUCUCCACAGCUCCGCUCACACCUCCAUCUCUCAGUGCUCCGAUCGUAGCAUCAGCACCUCCAUCUGCGCCGAGCGCUCAGCCCGCUGCAGCUCCUGCAGUUGCCUCCGUCAGCGCCACAUCCACACCAGCCAACAAACCGUCGGCCGGCACCAACGACCCAGAGGAGGCGGCUCGCGUCCUGGCAGAGAAACGAAGACAGGCCAGAGAACAGCGGGAGAGGGAGGAGCAGGAACGUCUGGAGCAGGAACAACGGAACAGGGUCCUGCGGGAGGAGGCGAUGGCCCGCGAGGCCGAGGAGAGGAAGCACAGGAAGGAGGAGGCCCGUUUUAUGGCGGAGCAGCAGCGUCUGAGAGAUGAAGCCCAGCGGGCCGAGGAGGAGAUGGAGGCGCAGAGGAGGGCCAAAGAAGAGCAAGAGGAGAACGAGAGGCUGCAGAGGCAGAGGGAGGAAGCGGAGGCCAAAACCCGAGAGGAGGCAGAGCGUCAGCGCAUUGAGAGGGAGAAACACUUCCAGAAAGAGGAGCAAGAGCGGCUGGAGAGGAAGAAGCGCCUCGAGGAGAUCAUGAAGAGGACUCGGAAGAGCGAUGCAGGAGAGAAGAAGGACGUCAGAGCGCCCCAGCAGGUCAACGGCUCCCAGCUCAGUCAGGCUCCUGGUAACCUGCAGGGCCCCUCCCCAGUGGCCCCUGGCCCUCUUCAGACUGGCCCCCUGGUUGUAAACGGAGUCCAGCCCAGCACGCAUCAGAACGGCGUCUCAGCCAACGGUGAGCUGGAGAAGAUGAUGACCAGCGGCCCACAACAGCAGCAGGGGCCGCUGGUCGCCGAGCCGCUGCUGGCCUUUGAGGGGGCGGAGCCUUACCUGAUGAAGACGGGCGCCAUGAAGCCUCAGCAUGUCGCAGAGGUGCUGUAAGCCGUUAUGGAGACACGCCCCGUCUCUCUGCUGGAGCUUGGAGAUGCACGCCUCACAGACCACGGCGGCUUCUGCAACAGAGUGCCAAACAAGGAGCUGAAACAUUAAACCUAAAGUUUUCUCUGUCGUCACUGCGUGUUCCAGUGCAGCAUCUGUAGAGUUUUACUGACCUGUCACAGCUGAGUGGAUGGUGCACCUUGGAGAUGACCGACUGACUGUAACUGAGCUUAGAACAGCUGACAGUGGCUCCUAUUAUUCUGACCGUUGUUAUGGUGUUGUUCCUGUGACCUUCAGUUGAACUUUGUGUGUGUGUUUGCUGUUUUUUGUCCUGAAUUGUUGAGUUAUUUAACGUCAGCAUCGCCGUAUGGGCCGGCCGCAGGUGUAAAUGUAAAAAUGGGCGGCUGCUUCCUGUUACAGGAAACCUGUGAAUAAAUAAAGCUUUGAGGAAAAGGGA